CCCUUCCCGUCGCCGAGGGAGACCGGGCACAAGCCGGCUGGCUGGCUGGGGCGCACCUUCCUGGACUUCGCGCUUUGCUGUCGUAGCAGACGGCACUGCCGCAGAGCUCAAGUUCCAUAUGCGAGAAUGGCGUCGUCGCCAGCUCGAGAGCUCACGCAAAACCCCCUCCAGAAGAUCUGGGUGCCCUACAGCAACGGGCUUCCUGCGAAACAUAGCGCGCAACGCGGCGUAUGCAUGACCAACUGUCCUACUCUGAUUGUAAUGGUUGGCCUCCCAGCAAGAGGGAAAACUUACAUAUCAAAAAAAUUGACACGCUACUUAAACUGGAUUGGAGUGCCUACAAAAGAAUUUAAUGUUGGUCAGUACCGUCGAGAUUUGGUAAAAACAUACAAGUCCUUUGAAUUCUUCUUGCCAGACAAUAAAGAAGGCCUGAAAAUCCGAAAACAGUGUGCCUUAGCAGCACUAAAUGAUGUUCGGCGAUAUCUUUGUGAAGAAAAUGGGCAUGUGGCAGUUUUUGAUGCUACAAAUACUACAAGGGAACGUAGAGACACCAUAUAUAAGUUUGGUGAAGAAAAUGGAUUUAAGACCUUUUUUGUGGAGUCAGUAUGUGUUGACCCUGAGGUUAUUGCUGCAAAUAUUGUGCAAGUGAAAUUAGGCAGUCCUGAUUACGUUGACUGUGGUAGUGAUGAAGCUGCAGAAGACUUCAUGAAAAGAAUUGAGUGUUACAAGAAUUCAUAUGAGACUUUAGAUGAAAAUCUAGACAAGGAUCUUUCUUACAUUAAAAUCAUGGAUGUUGGAAGGAGUUAUCUUGUAAAUCAUGUAAUGGAUCAUAUCCAGAGUCGGAUUGUUUACUACCUCAUGAAUAUCCAUGUAACUCCUCGUUCCAUCUACCUCUGUCGACAUGGUGAAAGUGAAUUAAAUCUAAAGGGAAGAAUAGGAGGAGACACAGGGUUGUCCCAUAGAGGAAAAGAGUUUGCCAAGAGCUUGGCAGAGUUCAUUAAUGAUCAAAACAUCAAAGAUCUGAAAGUCUGGACAAGCCAGAUGAAGAGGACCAUCCAGACUGCUGAGGCUCUGAGAGUGCCUUAUGAGCAGUGGAAAGUUUUAAAUGAAAUUGAUGCGGGAGUUUGUGAAGAAAUGACAUAUGAAGAAAUUCAGGAAAAUUAUCCAUUAGAAUUUGCUUUGAGAGACCAGGACAAAUACAGAUACAGAUAUCCUAAGGGGGAGUCCUAUGAAGAUCUUGUUCAAAGGCUUGAGCCGGUAAUUAUGGAGCUGGAAAGGCAGGAAAAUGUGCUUGUAAUCUGUCACCAAGCUGUUAUGCGCUGUCUGCUUGCUUACUUUUUGGAUAAGCCUGCAGAACAACUGCCUUAUCUCAAGUGCCCUCUGCAUACUGUCUUAAAGCUAACUCCAGUGGCUUACGGUUGCAAAGUGGAAUCUAUAUUUCUAAAUGUUGAGGCUGUAAAUACACACAGGGAUAAACCACAGAAUGUGUGUGUGAGCCGUUCUCGAGAAGAAGCCUUGAGGACUGUACCUAACCAUUUGUAGCUCUCUGGACUCCCAGCACUGUCCCAGGCUGCUAUCCAGUGUCAACAUUAAGGAAACGUCUCAGGGACACAAUGAUGAAAGCCUCCAAAGGAGGCAGCAAGCAACACAGAAACGCACUCGCUCCUCUUUUAGAGCGGAUUUCAGGGCAAACUGAGCAUUAGAGGCUGAAAUGUACCAAGUAUUCAUGGAACACAGGAAGGAAUUAGUUUUAACUUAAUAUAUGUUGUCUUCAGCCUGUCAUUCUUGGUCUUGAAUCUAACAUGUAUGAAUUGUCAGAUGUUAUUUUAAGAUUCUUCUAGAGUUAGAAUAUUUUCCUAAGCUGUUCUCUCUGUUAAAAACCAUCCUCCUCUAAUUAUUUUAUUCAAAUCUUAUGCACACAAAAUCUUAUGCACAUGAAAAAUGUUUUAAAAUAUUUUGUCUACCAGACAGGAUAUCCAUCUCCAUCAAAAUUCAUUCCAGAUUUUUUUCCAUUUUGUAAUUACAUUACUUUGGUUGAUAACACAAAAAGCUACAUUUUUUUAAAAUCAAGUCAGCAUUACACAGUGGAAUAUUAAAAUUUCCAAUUUUUGGUGGUGGGGAGGAGGAAAUAAUGCUGUAGUUGUUGGUAUUUAUAAUAACACCAACUUUCUAAGUAAUUUUAUUAAAGGUUCCAUUUCCAUUUUUGCAUCUAAAAUAUUUUUUCUAUUACACGCCUACACUAUGAAAUGUUUCCAGAGCCUCCUGGAUAAUGUAUUCAAAUGAUUUUUUGAUAGAAAAUAUGAGUAAAUUUCUUUCUACUUCAUAUACAAGGUAAAACCAUUUUCUAAGUUUUUUUUAAAUCCCUAAUUCCAUUUGUGGAUACUGAUGAAUACUCUAAUUAGCCAGAAUUGUCCUGCGUAUCAUUCACAAUUUCCAUAAGCACCAUUCCAUACAUUCAUCUUCAAGGAGACUCCAAUAAAGCUUGUGAAAAUUGAAAUAAUCUUACAUAGACAAUAAUAAGACAAUAAAAUAAGAAUAUGGAACAUGGUAGUUGGAGGUUAGAUAACCUUAUUAGUGCAAUGUGCAACACCAGUUUUGAAGAAUACAAGUGAUUAAAAAAUGCUCUAGUGAGUUCAUGGCAUUUAUGAACUUCUUCCCUUCUUCUUGAACCAAAGACACAGAUAAAGUAUUAACUUGCUCUGAGUGGUUUGUGGGGGCUGGUAUUAGUGAUUCCAUCCAUUUUGCACUUGAAAUGUAGGCAGAGGUAAGAUGAAAGAUUCUUUAGUGGAGGAGCUGGCAGAUGUCAUGCCCUAAAUACCAUCCUACAAAUUCAUGUAAUAGAGGUGGAGUUCACUCCCAAAGAAAAUAACAAUGACAGUUUUUCAGAUUGUCUUUAAGAUUUUGCAGGACCAUCAAUUCUUACAAGAUUUCAUUCAACUCACGUUCCUGUCCGAAACCACCUGAGAUACAGGUAGUCCUCACUUAAUGACCAUUCAUUUAGUGAUGGUUCAGACUUACAGCGGUGCUAAAAAAAACAACUUACAACUGGUGCUCACACUUAAGACUGUCAGUGUCCCCGCGGUCACAUGAUCAUGAUUUGGUCGCUUGGCAACUGGUUUGCAUUUAUGACCAUUGCAACAUCCCAUGGUCACAUGAUUGCCAUUUUCUACCUUCCUGGCUGGCUUCUGGCAAGCAAAAUCAAUGGGGAACCAUAUGACCGCUUAAUGAUCACGUGGUUCACUUAAUGACUGGUGAUUUGGUUAAUGACUGCUGCAAAAAAGGUCAUAAAAUUGUGUUAUAUUAGCUUAAUGACCACUUCACUUAGCAACCGAAAUUCUGGUCUCAAUUGUGGUCAUUAAGUAAGGACUACUUGUAUCAGUGUUCUUGACUGAGGCGUUCAUGCAAGAAUUUCAAAAUGCCUAAGAUUUGGCAAUGGCACAUGAUUUCUGCCUUUUAAUUUUUUUUUAAUGUUUUUAGAAAUAUUAAUUGGAGGUGCAGGCACUAUGAUAUUUAUAAGUGCUUUGUUGCUAAGCCCUGAUUUAGCAUUCUGGCGUUCUUUCACAAAAGAGAACCAGCACAUUUAUCAUCAUCAAAAUCUUUGGAGAUUAGCAUCUCCCGCUUCUCCUCCUGUGUGGUUUGAGAGGAAGUCAUAAGAGAGAUGGAACAUAGUGCAAAAUGUACCCCUGUAGUUGGAUUCUCAAAGAUGCACAGAAGAACGCAGGUUAAUUUGCAGGAUUUUAGGAUCCUGCUUUCAAAUGGAGUUUGUACAGAAGAGUUUGUCUUUGAGUUUGCAUGUUAAGUCAUGUAUAUAUUUGUAUUAAGCCAUUAUAUGAUGUAAAUAUUUGUGUAAUAGAAGUUGAACAGAUUAGAUACUUGUAAGUUCUUGAAACAAACAGUUUUGUCCUCUCCAGUUGGAAAGUGUUUUUUACAAUUUCACUGUCCAUAUAGGUACCUUUCUGAACCAUGCCAUCUUCAUGGUAAAAGUUCUGUACACGGUACAAUGUUAGCUUUGCAAAUGAGGCUCAAAUUGCUUCUUUAUUUUUAUGUAGCUGGUGCUAGAACGUAAGCUGUUGCUAUGCUGUGAAUGCCUUGUUUUGCAGUGGAAAUAAGCCAGAAAGUGAAACUUACAUCAGAAAGACAAAAAGAUGGUGUUAAAAUGGAAAUGGCUUAAACCACGUAUAAAAAGUGCUUGAUCUGUAUUCUAUCAUAAAGUAAUAUAUAUUUGCACUGUAAAUUAUUUAUUCAGGUAGAUAAUUAUUUACUGUGUUUACCUGACUGGAAGAUACACUCCCCCCGCCCCCAAAAUACCCUUGAACCUUAGCCACUGAGAGGGAAGGUGCUGUUGAAGGUAGCAGGUAACAGAGGAAGAGAGAAGCUUGCUUUUCUGUCAUGCUCAGACGGGGCUUCCCUCUUCUUUCCUCAUCCAAAUAUCUCUCCCAACAGUUUUCUUGUUUCCAUUUUCUGGUGAAGCUACCCCAAAACUCUGCUGCAUGCACUCUCCCCCUUUUCCCCAACUUCCACUGGAAGGAGGGAGGGGACUCAGUGUAUGUGUACAUACAUGUUUCUCUGUGUAAGACUGAUCUCUGUGUGUACGUGAAAGAGUGAUUGGCAUGCGCACACAGGGAAUCAAGUUUUUUGGUUAAUAUUAAUACUAAUGCAUGCCCUGAUCCUGUCUUUAUUUGGGCCAUGCUUUUUAGGAGAUACAUAAGCACACCUACAUAGAUGCCUAACAUACCCGGGUUAUGUCAUACACAAACAUCGGAGAGGUGUGGACAUCUCCUGGAUUGGUUUCGUUUAGAGUGGCAACUAUAGGCUUGACAUGGUACAAUAUACUUGUCUAUUUUUCUCUCCAUUUACUUUUUCUUUGGGGGGAUGGUUGCCUUCUCUUUGAAUAAAUACAGGUCCUUGGCUUAUGUCCAUUCAGUGACUGUUCAAACUUGUGACAGCGCUGAAUGAAUGGUACUUAAAACCAGUCCUCAGAGUUCCAGUUCCAGAUGCCCCCACAGUCACGAGAUCACAAUUUCCAAUGUUCCCUGCCAGCUUCCCACAAGCAAAGCCAAUGGGGAAGCUGGCAGGAAGCCGGAAGUCACAUUCACAUGAGGUCCUCGCUUAACCGCAAUCAGGACUGCCAGAACUGCUGUUGCUAAGUAGCACAGUCACAUGGCAUUAUGCUUUAAGACCGUGUCGCUUAGCUACAGCAAUUCUGAUCCCAACUGCCAUCAUAAAUAGGACUGCCUGCUUGGUACUAGAAGGGACUGGGAAGAGCACCACAGUUGAACCUUAAAAGAUGGGAGGUCUCUCUUAUUCAGCAGUUGUGAACUUCUCUGGAUAUGGACCCUUGAUGGGGUUAAUUUAAUUUUUUAAAAGUUGAGGGUUAUCCAGAAGGAAAAUGUGUAGAUGUGUAGAUCUGUUUUGAAUCUUACAAGUGAAUUUUACUCUUUUCUAAAUUGGUUCAGGCAGUAGACUAAUCUUUAUUGAAAAUGUAUCAUUUCUUCAUAGAUUUCCUUUAUUGGAGAGAAAUAUUGGUUUGCCUCUCUUUAUAUUUUUUUAAUGUGUACAAUUCUGUGGCUAAAUAUUUAAUGUGUAGUAGAUAUUUUUAUAGGUUAUAUCUAAAUAUAUUGUGUUAACAGUGUUUCCUUCUAUUCAGAGAAAAGGUUAUAUAACAAAAAGUCAUUGUAUGCAAUACAAAUGAUAAAUUUAUGUUGAUACUUGAAAAGACUAAGAAAUUAUUCUGAUUUAACAAGCUGUGAUCUUAAAUACAAAAUUUGGAAGUAAACCUCUUGAAAUUAGUUGCACUAUCUUCCAAGUAAAUGAGUCUAAAAGUUGAAAUCUUAAAAACUGUUUACUAUCAGCUUUGUCUAAAUACACUAGUAAUCUUCAGAAUAUCUGCUGCAUAUUUUGUUUCACAGAACUUACUACCUUUUUACAGAAACAUGCCUGUAAAUAUGUGGAUCUUAAUCAAGAAACUGUUAUUAGCAGCACUUCUAACUGUAUCCUUUAGGGCAAACCUCAAUCUGCAUCUGCGUAACGUGUGAUAAUGCCUAUAGGAGUAAUGUGGAAAUGAGAAUGUUAUAAACAUUUUUUUCUCAACUUGUAUGGUGGACCCAUAUGAUUUUAAAUUAAAUUUUAAUUCAGGUGUGACUGUUCAUUUAUUUAUUUAAUGCAGGUUUUUCAAAUAUACUUGGAUAAUUCAUUACUUUCCACAAGAGAUUAAUCUUGUGUAAUCUUUCUCCAAAACAAUAAAAUAUUAGUUCUAAAUUGAA